AUGAACCAAAGCACGACUACCGACUCGUAUCCGCUGCCCAGAAUAUGGGACCACUUGAGGGCCGCAGCAGGCCGUCAACACUUCACGACUCUCGAUAUGAACUCGGGAUUCUGGAAUGUGCCGAUAGCAGAGGAGAGCAAGCAUCCCACCGCGUUCGUCACGCCGCUUGGACUGUUCGAGUUUAGCGUCAUCCCCUUCGGUAUUAAGAACUCGCCGGCGGAGUUCCAGCGCGCGAUGGGCGUGGUGUUCGAGGAGGUGCUCGACGAUCGCACUCUGUGUUACAUCGACGAUAUCAUCAUCGCGACGGACACGGUGCCGGAGAUGAUGCAGCGGUUCGAGAAGGUCUUGCGACUGUGCAGAGAGAGAGGCCUCUACCUCAGGCUAGAUAAGAGCGAGUGGCUCAAGCCCGAAGUAAAGUACCUCGGUCACAAGAUUGGGCGGCAAGGGAUAGCGUGCCAGGAGAGGAGGAUAGGCAACGUUCUCAAUGACCCCGCCCCUACUUGA